GUGAACCGUUCAUGCUGCUGCUUCAUCAGCCGGCUUGCUCAUCUCGUGUGUGACAUCAAUGCGGAUCGCAAAUCAUUUCUGGUCAACACCCUUCAUUAAUUCAUCCCAGCUUUCAGUCCUCAUUGGGCGAAUGCUGAUAAAACGGUACCAACAUCCUUGAUAGUACGCAUACACAUAUACUACAAUAGCCGCGAGAACGAGGGCGAAACGGGUGCGGAUCCAACCGAACACCGCCUCUACCGUUUGAGAAGAAACGGGUAGGGAGCGCGCUCGUUUCGGUUAAGACGAACUCACCAAGCGGCUUUCAGUGCAACAUACGGUUACUCUGGGCGCAAUGGAGGCAUCAGACACCAUGGACACGCAGGACGAGGCAGUUGCUGUCUUACAAAUGUGGAAUCCGGGCACAUUGAAGGGCUCAUCCUCUUCGUACGCUGGCGGCUCGUCCUCCGGAUCAGGCGCAGGUGCUGUGCUCGCAAAGACGGUCGUGCCGGGUGUUUUGCACCUCAAAAAACGCUUACCUGGCAGUAGCAGCAGUAGCGGCGGUGGUGGCCAUCACUAUUACGGAUCCGGGGCGAGUCAUAGCAGCAUUGUAAGUGCCGCCGCAUGCGCCGGCACUCCGCGAUGCAAGCGGGAGACCAUUAUUGCGAGUUCGAAGCUGGACCCGUUUGGCAGCACGCCCAGUCCUUCGGUCAAAGAGCGGCCCAGUCGGUCCCGUUUAGCCACAACGGCCAGCAGUAGUAGCAACGGGAUGGGCUCGAUCGGAUUUGCCGACGUGGACGCAACGGAAGCACCGCAGCUGAUCCCGGGGCCGCAAACGCUGGGUAUCAAUGGCAGCGACUUGAUCAUGAUCGGCUCGCCUGCUCAUGGCGGAUCGUCAGUUGGCAGCGGUGGCAGCUGGCGGAAAGUGACAGUCGUGUUCAGGCAGCACGGCGUCCUUUCCAUCUACAGCGAGGAAAAGGCGCUGCUGCAUUCCACGUUGAUCUCGGAUCUGACCGCUUCCGAAGUCAGGAGGGUAGACGACUCAAUCUUCCUCCGACCCAACAUCAUUGCUGUCUCAUCUCGCGUGUCGACGCUCGCGAGGAGUGUUGGCGCCAGCGCUUGUCGGCUAGGCGUCGGUGUGGGUUGUGCCAGAGGGAAACAAUCUCCCGUAUCAAAUGCAUUCGCCACCUCAGGAGCGUCACCUGGGGGCUUGGGGGAGCACGUAUGGCCAAGCAGCGGCAACUCAGCAGGGAACGGCCUCUUCAAUGAUGACCUCGGCUGUGGCUCAAGCCCCGGCUCCGGCUCUGGUUCCUUUGCGCUCGAGUCUAUCCUGCUUGCGUUCCCAUCGCGCAUCAAGAUGCAGCGUUGGCUCAUGGCGCUCCAGGCGUACGCUGUGCCCGAAAUCUACCUUAGCGAUGACAAGAUUACGAUGAGCCGGCUGGGCAGCAUGGAUGCAGCAGUGUCGGACCAAGCACAGGCGUCAACCAGCCCCAUGAUAGCAUCGCCCACGCAGUCUAUGCCCAAGCUUCAUCGCAUCAACCGCUCCAUCAAGAUCUCCGUCAUAGAAGCGCGCGGCGUCUCGUCCGACAGCUACACGCAUCAGCAGCACCACCAUCAAGAUCAGCAUCAACUUCAUGCCACGCAAGCUCACCACGCUAGUCCUAUCCGCAAGCGUACUGGCUUGGAAGGCGUCAGCGUCGGUGGUUUCGACAGUGUGCAUCUGCCCAUGAGCCCGAGCGGCAGCCUGGCCGGGCGCAUCAUCUCGCGCAAGUCAUCGUCCACGACCAACACAUCGGAUAACGAACGUCGCUCGUCGACCGGCACGCACGGAAGCGAUGGGCAGCAGUCCCACACGCAGACGCUUCCACCCGUGCCGCCUCCUGCUGCUAUCGCUGCCGCUGGAGCUGGCCAGUCUCCGCGAAUUUCAGCGUCGCGCCGUAGAUCGCUGCUCAAUCCGAAAGGCGAUAGCGGCAGUUGCAGCAGCAGUAGCGCCAGCGGCACCGCAGCUGCUCCAGACGGAAGCGGCGCCCCACCGAGCAGACUGCGCGGCUCUGGAUCUGUACCAAGUUCCAGUAGUCCGUCCACGACACUCGAUCAGAUAACUCGGAUCCAGAAGAGCCGCACGGCCAGCGACCUUGUGCCUAUCUUCAGUGGCGAUGCCUCCUUAUACCACGCGUCUGGCACAGGCACAGGCACAAGCGACUCUUUCUCGAUUUCGCCUACAACGCGGCCGGAGCUCAGUGCCCCGUUAGAGCUCAAGACAGAUUCGACGCAACAGGGCGCCUCUACCGCGAGGGAUAUGAGCAGGCACCACCUGGCGAGCGAAGAGAGCGACUCAGACAAAUUAGACAGCGGGCCGAUUGCUGGGAUGCGGAGCGGAUCAAGCUGGGCGCACUGGACCACAGCCGGUAGUGUCUCGCCACACUCGAUGGCCUUGUUGCCGCCACGGAGGGACUCGAAUACAUCCUCCGCCUUCUCGUCGUCCAUUGGAGGCGGAAGCGAGAAUGCGUGGCACAGCUGUAGGAUCUAUGUCAAUGGCGUGCUUCUCGCGCGCACUUCGUUCAAGUCAUCUCAAGACGGUCUUGUCUGGAUGGAAGAUUUUCACUUCGAGACAUUGCCUACCCUCAGGCGGCUGCAGAUCGAAGUGCUGCAGCAGACGACAGGCCGCGGGGGAGCGAUGAAGCAAGUCCCGCUUGGCCUUGUGACGCUGCCCGUCGAAACCAUUCGGCGCGGCGAGGACAUUGAAGGAUGGUUCCCAGUCUGGUCCAUUUCGGAGGAGAAAGAUGCAGAUGCAGCUUCGCGCUUCGACCUUGGAGCUAGGGAGCUGGUCCCAUUCGCCCAAGAGGUCGUCGGAGAGAUCAAGCUGAAUUUCAAAAUUUCUGAGCUUAUUGUGCUCCCCACCGCUCGGUAUGCGGCAAUAGAGAAGGCACUCAACGGGCCAGAGCGUUCAGUCAUCAUCCAGCACCUCGCUGCCACCGCAGGCGAGAAUACAUUGCUGUCCAGCGUCAUCCAGUAUGGUAUCGCCAAAGGCCAAAUUGUUGCGCUUUUGACGGACCUGGCGAAGAUGGAGAGCGAAAAGCUAGGCAACGAUCCAGACAAGGACCUGCUGUUCCGAGGGAACACAGCGCUAUCGCGCUCGCUCGACAAGUUCCAGCAGUUCUGCUGCACUUCCUGGCUCGAGGUUUCCAUCGGAGAGUAUAUCCACCAAAUUUGUGCAGGCGACACGGGCAUCGAUCUGGAUGAGCUUUUGUCCAGCAACAAACCUCGUCCGCACCCAUUCAGUGCUCUUCACACCAACGAGGACCAGUGUGCAUCACCCACUUUGUUCCCCGCUUCGGUCGAACAUUUUCAGGAAGUCGUGACGCGAAUUUGGGCAAACAUCUAUCGGCAGCGCCAUCAAUGUCCAGCUGAACUGCGCGAGGUCCUAUUCCAUCUGCGCUCGCUUGUCAACGCGCGUUUCACUGCGACUGGCACGGGUUCAGGCAUUCAAGGCGUCGGGGCUUUCGUCUUCCUCCGCCUCAUCUGUCCGGCCAUCACUUCUCCUCAACUUUUCGGCCUCCUCCAAGCGUCACCUUCCCCCUCGCAUUCGAAACUUUUGUUGAUGAUCGCAAAGGUCUUUCUCGCGCUGGCAAACAAAAAGACCGAGUUCGACAAAGACAAGGAGCCGGUGCUGUCAUCGCUCAACUUUUUCCUCAAAGAGCAGGCCAGCACGUACGACGACUUCAUCACCUUCGUCUCCACGGUAGACAGUGCCGUCGGUUCGAGGGUCCAUCGCACGCAUCGACUGCUCGACGAAGAUGACGAAGAGAUCGUGCAGCGCUUUCAAGCUCAGCGCAAAUCGAAGUUCAUUCCGAUCCACUCUGACAGCCUUCCAAAUGGCGACUACGCGUUGGACCAGCCAUUACUUCUGGCGACCCUUAGCGCCGACGUGACGCGCAUUUUUGGCAUUUCAUCUCAGUCUUCUCAUGACUUCCUCACGUCUCUUGUGCCGCAAGAGCACAUCAAAAGUCCGACCUUCGCUGAGUUCGUAGCUGCAUGCUCUGACGUUGAAACGCAGUCCCAGGCGUUAUUGCAUCUCACUUCAGUGGGCCUGUGCAGCACUUUGAAAGAGCAGACCCCCUUGCACGGCCAGACGACUGUCAUUAGCAGUGUCGUGGCGCGCAGGGAUCCUCAGCUGUCUCCAACCCCAGGAGGGCGUAGUCGCUUCUUCGCGCGCAAGAGAAGUGCCACAAUCAGCGGCGCUAACGCACGAGGCGGCGUAAAAGGCAUGACCGAAGACCUUGCAAGAUUCGAUACUGCACUCACUCCGAGUUCCUAUAAUUCAGCAUCUCUCAUGAAGCGUCAUUCUAAUGAUCUCAGUCACGAUCUCGUCCCAGAAGGUCUCAACGCUAUCCAAGAAUUUGAUACAACACUUACGCCAGACGGUCACGCCAACCGCAAGAAAAAGUGGUGGCGAAUCUAAUAGCCUUUCGUCACCGUUAACUGCCAAUUUUAUCAGUCAUAC